AGAGAAGAGUUUAGAGUAGUGUGGGUCUGCUGUCCUGCUGGCUGCUUGUGUACACUAGGGGCAGGGGAAAGCUGUAGAGAUGGAGAUCAAAUAGUUGGCCCUGGAGAACUGAAGAUACAACAAUGGGUACCGAUGACCAAAUCCUCAUCACCUUGUCUGGAGAGGGUCCCUGGGGUUUCAGGCUUCAAGGGGGAUCAGAGAAGAACUUACCUCUUCUAGUGUCAAAGGUACGGAAGCGCAGCAAGGCAUGUCGGGGAGGACUAAGAGAAUACGAUGAGCUGAUCUCCAUCAAUGGGAAGGCCUGCAGUGGGUUAACGCAUGCUCAAGCCAUGCUCAUGAUAGAUUCAAUAGGUGCCAGUCUUCACAUUCGUCUCCGAAGGGCAGCAGACGGAGCACAGACUGCACCACGAACCCAGAGAGUCCUUCCUUCCCCAAGCAGCCCAAACCGCAUCAGAAGUCCAGACCCUUCCAUUUCAUGGGCAGCAACCCAGUCAACUUUACUAACAACUGCUCAGCCAAGAUUGCUGCACCUGGAGAGCAUUACUUCUCCUCCAGACAGUGAAGCAUACUACGGGGAAACUGAUAGUGACGCAGACAUCCAAGCAUCCCCAGCUCAUCCACCAAGUAAUCAACAGCAUCACAGCCAGCAACCUCCUGCUCCAGAAAAGCACCGCAGGGCACGGAAAAAGAGUCCCAGAUCCCCACCAGGGAACAAGACAGAAUCUGAGCAGCAGUCUUUAUCUGAGAUGAGUGGAUAUGAGAGUGGACCUGGUGGUGUUGCCGAAUGUGCUUUACAGCCCAAUGUAGGGGUGGCCAAACGUGAAAUUGUAUAUCAGCCUGGGGGAAGUCGGGCUGAAACCCCUUUCUCAGAUGUGGAAGGCUUUUUGCCAUCAGAUGAUGUGGAACAAUUGCCUAGAAUUACUUCUCCAUCCCAUGAGUCUCUGCUGCUCCCACAUGCUACCAAAAGCAUCCGAGCUGAAAGGCAUCUCAUUCCCAUGAUAGGACCAGUGGACCAUCCGGUAGAUGAUGAUUUGACAACUACCUACUCAGAUAAAGCCAGAGAAGCAAAGCUGCACCGAAGUGAAAGUGUACAGGAGAAGAACGUUAAAGAUGCCAGAACUAAGUGCAGAACCAUUGCAUCUUUGCUGACAGAUGCACCAAAUCCUCACUCCAAGGGUGUGCUUAUGUUUAAGAAGAGACGGCAGCGAGCAAAAAAAUAUACCCUUGUGAGUUACGGAAGUGUUGAUGAAGAUCACUACAACGAGGACGAAGACGGUGUCUUUCCUACAAGUGAAUCAGAAUUUGAUGAGGAAGGUUUCUCGGAUGCGCGUAGUCUAACAAAUCACUCAGAUUGGGAUAGCACAUAUUUAGAUAUUGAAAAGCCAAAAAUGGAUGAGCAGCAGGUAGACAAGGGAUUAACUGAGGCAUCAGGGAAAGGAGCCGAGAUAUUUGAGCUUCAAAGACAGCGAUCAGAGCAAUCCCCUGUUGAUACGGUUCCUUCUCAAAUUUCCAUUCCUUUACAACAUCCGAAAGAGAGUCAAAUAACUCCAGUAGCUCCAAUCCGGAAAAAGAUGUUAAAUGGAAAUGUAAGCUCUUCAGCUAUUGUGAAUAAAACUCAAGAAAUAGGUGUUUCUGAAAUACCCAAACUAGCAAACACUUAUAUAGCAAUAAUCCCUCCUCAGUCACAACCCACUGAAGUAGAUGGUGUUCAAGCAGCUUCUGAAAUCUUUAAUAGAUCAGCACGGCCAUUUACUUCAGGUCAAAGUGGUCCGCGACUUGUGGCAUCAUCAGUUGUAUUCAAGCCUAGUUCCCCAAAAAAAACUUGUGAAACGCCAUCAUCUCAUAUCAUAACUCCAUCACUCAUCCCAUCAUUCAUCCCAGAAGCAUCUUCUAUUACCGAAAAGGCUCCAGUUUGCUCUGUUGCAUCCCUUUAUAUCCCAGCACCUGAAAGGGCAGAUGCGCCAUCAACAACUACUCAAGUACAAUGUGAAAGAGCUCCUGAAAAUCUAUCAAAUCAAACAACACCAAGGACCACCACUGCUUCCAUAUAUCUGUCAACCCCUUCACGCCCAUCAGGAUCUCAAGCAUUGGUUACACAUGCAAAUGUCACCAAAUUAACCGAUUAUACUCCAGUGACUCCACCAAAAACAACUACUUCAAAUAUAAUAGGUUCACCAUCCAUUGGGCCAAUGGAUACUCCUCCAUAUUUUACCCCAGACAUCUCUGCAAACCAGUCACUAGAUUCUGUGAAUUCAAGAGAACAGAGGAUUUCUGUUCCUGUUGGUCGUACUGGUAUCUUAAAUGAAGCACGUAGGAGAGGUGGAAAAAAAGAGAUGUUCGCUAAAGUAGAAGAAAAGAAGUGCUUACCAAACCCAGAACUUUUGUCUCUGGUGCAAAAAAUAGAUGAAAAACCAAAACAAGAGCAAACAGGUGCAGGUUUUGAGUCUGGGCCUGAAGAAGAUUUCCUUAGCCUAGGAGCUGAAGCCUGUAAUUUUAUGCAGCCCUCAGCACGCAAGUUUAAGGUCCCUCCUCCAGUAGCUCCAAAACCUCAACUGAUAACACCAGUAGAUGAAAUUUUUAACGGAGGUCAAGAUAUUCCACAUCUAGGAGGUAAAGGAGCAGAACUCUUUGCUAGACGCCAAAGCCGCAUGGACAAGUUUGUUGUGGACUCAACUCCUACAUCCAGGUCAAGGCCUAAUUCUAGGCCAAGAACACCCUCUCCUACCCCUUCUCUUCCUUCAUCUUGGAAAUACUCAUCAAAUAUUCGUGCUCCACCCCCUAUUGCCUAUAAUCCCCUUUGCUCUCCAUUUUAUCCAUUAGCAGCAUCCAAAACUCUAGCAAACUCUAGCAAAGCUGAAAGCAAAGUUAAGAAAGCUCCUGGGGGUAAACCCAGAAUGCAGGCAAUUGAUUUUAUGCGGCAUCAGCCGUAUCAGCUAAAUUCUGCGAUGUUUGUUUUUGAUGAUUCUUCCAAUAACACAAACCAGACUCCAACAAGAAGAGACACACAAAAAUCAAAUGUAUUGGCAUCACCUGCUAGACAAGUUCCUGUGAAAACUGCUAGGGCUCAUGAGAUAAAACGUUUCUCAACUCCAGUUCCGAUGUCAUCAGUCAGUAUGGCACCGACUGUGCUAACCCCUCGAUCUGCAACUACUCUUGCAGAGCCAGUAUGGAGAACAGAUCUCAGCUGCCAACCUAUGCCAUCAAUGGCUCCAGUGCCUACUCAAUACCAAUCUCCCGAACAGGAUACUCACAAGAAUUUCAUCCCUUCUAGCUACCAGAGUUAUAGUAUACUUAGCCCUACUAGUUCAGUUACUUCUCCAAGGUCAUCAAGUUCAACAUUACAGGUUCCAAAGCCAAAGUUCUGUGCAGCCAAAACAGGGAUGCAAGCAAAUGUUUGGAGACCAGGUACAGUAAAGUUCUAACCAGGAAUUUAGGCUGAAAAGUUAAUGGAAAAUUAGUUUGCUUAUUUCAUUUGUGUUUUGCUUAAAAAAAAUGAGCACAGGCUCAUUGUGUAGUUAACAAAGGAUACAUGCUUCUUAGAUAAAGACUAUAAUGUUCAAGCUGCCUUAAAAAAAAUGAACAAAAGAAAAUGCAACUAUCAAAUGAAGACAAAGAUACAGGAAUGGGACGUCUCUUGAUUGGUCAGCUAAAGACAAGUUAUGAUGAGCUAGUCAGUAAAGUUAAAGUAAUUAAAAAGGAAUCAGUGUGAUUUAAAAUGAACAAAACUUUGUAUUGCUUGGUUUUGUAAUGAGGAUGUACACAAAAGGGCUUAUAUGACAUGGAUUUUGUGCGGACGUUGGCCACAGGUUGGUAUUGUAAUAAACACAAAAACUCUUGGGGCUAAAUAAAGGAUUAGUGUAAAUGAUGUACUGCUGCUUCCAUCCUAAGGUGCAACGGGAACCACAGAAACAUUCAACCUCUAGCUCUCAAUGAGGUUUUAAAUAUUUAGAAGAGACACAGAUGUGUAUUCUUAUACACAGUGAUCGUCCUGGUAUCCUUCUUUCCUCAGCCACCUAAAUGUGCAUGAAGCUACUGUCCUGCCUUAUACAAAGCAUUUUCCUCCUGUGGAGCCCAUUUCACAUAUUGCCAUAAUAUUUAACCAGAGUUUGUAAAGGAGAAGUUUCAUUUGCUGUGUGCAUGGCUGUUGUGUUUUGCUGCUUAAAGAAUUUGAACCACGUGGGAUCAAAUCCUUUUGUGAUGGUUUUCAUAGAAUGAAUCUGAUGUUUUCAUGUACAUUAUGCAAAUGCAUAUGUUAAUAUGUUUGGUUUGUAGUUUGUGCAUGAAUGUUUGCAUUCAUGUGUUAGUGAGAACAUUUGUGCUUGACUUCUGAUUUAAAGGGGAUACCACAAAGCGUGUAUAAUGCCUACAGUACGUGGCUGUAAUAAUAAUAUGUUUAUAUCUUUGGGAAAAAAAUGCUGAGAUUUUUGUUUUAAUUUACUUAGCAUUCUAUUUAGCCCUUUCCUACUCCUACUCAAAUCACUAUCUGGGGUGGGUCAGCAACUCUAAUAACCAGAUAGAUGCUUUGAAAGCUAGGCAGAAAGGGGCUAGGCUGGGGUAAAGUACAAAUAUAAAGGAAAAACAGAUUACUGUUCUCUAUUAUAUACUAAACAUAUGUUUAUUUAGGGAAAUGUCCUCUUCAAUUAAUUUCAUUCUGCAGAAUAUCAAUUAUCAUGAUUGAGUAGAAUACCUGGCACAUACAAACAUUGGAUGUUAACAAUACCAUGUCGAACUGAGUUACUGAGAAUAUAGGGCUAGAUCAAAGAUGAUGAGAAUAUUUUAUCACACAUUGAUUUUUUUUGGAAAAUCGUUUGUAGCAUAUGAGACACAUAAGAACUAUUUUUUUUCUGCUGAAUUAGCUCCCUGCCAAAUUGCAUUGCAUUAGGUAUGUGCCCAUAGGGCAGAAUAAUGAAGAUGGUUAUUAAUACUAGUGUUGCGAUAUUUUCAUCACGCUGCAUGCUAUUCCACAGUCCUUCCCCAGAACUGAAUGACGUGCGCUUUGUGUUUUGCAUAAAUCACAUUUUAUGUGGCAUUGGUGAGAUAUAUAUUAUAGAUAUAUAUAUAAUAAGGAUCUUCUGCAUGAUCAAAAGUUAUACACAUCACUGAUUUUGGAUACUAAAAGCAAAAUUUUUAUAAAUGGAGUUACUUAUCAUAAAAUAAAAUUACCGAGUUUUGUACCCUUCAACCUUGGCCUUUCACAAAUAUCACAAGGAUGGAUGACAGAAUCAAGCUCAACCCUCAAGCAGUUCAUCUGUUUGCCUAAUCUGUAAUACAAAUACAUGGACAGCAGUGUAGAUUAUAUGAAAUGCAUUUUAAUGUUGGCUAAGACUUCUGAGACAAUGCAAGGUAGCAUACGCUCACUAUUAUGAGAUAACCAAGGAUUUUCGGAACAAGCUUGUACUGCAUGGAGGUUAAGUCCCUGACAUCAUAGGGACCCCCAGGGGGAACUAUUUAACUAUUAUAAUUUAAUGAUUAUAACCCCCCCAUCAACUGAAAGCUAUGCCUGGAACAACUGCCUUUAUACACCAUAUUUCUUUUUCACAAGAUGCUCUGGUGCAUGUGGUAAAAUGUAAGUAAUCUCUGCACAAUGGUACUGGACCAACCAAGGGAUCACCAACCAAGAAAUAUAUUUUUGGAACUAACAAUAGAAAUGAAGAUCCCAUGUUUAACGUUUAACCUGAGGUUUUAGUAGCUCAAAUUUAUAGUUUGGUAACAUAAUAAAAGACCAAACUUUGCAGCAGGCCUGAUAAUCCACAGAAACUGUUCUAUAUCCUAAACUGAAAAUUGCUUGCAUUAGUAUAAAGUCUAAAACUCUUCACCAAGUCAACUAUACAUUAAAUGCAUGUCCUUGUAGAGGAGUUUCCUCAGUAACAGAGGUCAUUAUUAUCAGCAUCCAAGCUGCAGAAUGGAAAGAUUAAAAAUAGGUAUUGGGAUUCCUUAACUGGUGUAGGAAAGUAAGGUGUUGUCGAAUAGAGAUGAGAAGGUAGUGAAUGUGCUGUUGCAUAUAGUAUAAAGCACACAAGGCAGAUAAUUUAUUUAAUGCUUUAAUAUGGUCAGAAGUCUCAGGCAACAAACACAAUAAGUCCUGAUUUAUAAGGCUUAGUUAGUUAGAUAUAUUUUUUAUUAAUACUAUUAAAAGUUACUAAAAGCUUUAGUGACAGGGUGUGGAUUUACAACAAGCAAGAUGAAUUCCCUGCUAACAAGUUAGGAUUAUUAAUUUAUUAUAAUGUUUAGAGAUAAAGUGAACAACAAUCUUAGAGUAAUGGCACAAAAUUGGGUGCUUUUAGAUACUUCAUUUUAAAAUAGCCCAAAAGCAUAUGAAAGUGCCAGUGUUUGCCAGACGAAGUCUAUUGGAGGCUUUUUGGGGGGAUUUAAUGCCAUGUCUUUGGACUACAAAGCAUUUAAAUCACCUGAAGUAGAACACAUAACUGCAUAGUAUGAAAUGGUUAAAAAAACAUUGCAUUUUUGUCCCAGGUGAGUAUGGAGUUUUAUAAAGUGUUCCAAAUACAAACUGUAUUUUGUGAUUUUUCAGUGUAUAUACAUGUAUGGAAGUAUUCCACUGCACCCUUUUAACAAGAUGUCCUCGUUGUUUUUAUUGUUCCAUGUUCUCCAAAGCAUUUAUCUCAAUAAAGACAAUAAAGCUUG